AUGUCGACGGCAAAGAAACAAACGAUACAUUUUUCGGGCCACAACAACUUCCGACGGCGGCUCGUGCUCGCCACGUUAUCGGGCAUGCCUGUGCGAAUCGACAAGAUCCGGUCAGACGAUGUGGAGCCCGGUGUGAAGGACUACGAGGUGUCGUUUCUACGUCUGCUUGAAUCGAUCACCAACGGAUCGGUUUUUGAAAUCUCCUACACAGGUACCACGGUUGUUUUCAAGCCCGGAAUCAUUGUGGGUGGUUCUGUGACCCAUAAUUGCCCCCUGAGUAGAGGAGUGGGGUACUUCAUUGAACCUCUUCUGCUUCUUGCGCCGUUUGGCAAGAAGGCCCUGACCGCCACUCUUCGGGGUAUCACUUCGCAUUCUCUGGACCCGUCGCCAGACAGUAUUCGAACCUCCGUGUUCCCCGUGAUGCAGAAGUUUGGUAUUGAGAGACAGGAGUUGAAGAUCAUUCAGCGAGGAGCCACUCCCCUUGGUGGAGGAGAGGUGAUGCUGCACUUGCCGCACCUAGUGCUACAUCCAAAGACCCUUCAUGCCACCACCACACCCACCAUAUCCAAAAUCAGAGGCAUUGCAUACUCGUGUCGAGUGUCUCCUGCGUCCGUGAACCGACUGAUUGAUGGAGCGAGAGAGGAGCUGAGAGCCACUGGUUGCGAGACAUUUAUUUUCUCAGACGUGGCUCGAGGAGACGAGUCUGGAAAGUCGCCUGGCUUUGGUAUUGUGCUUGUGGGAGAAACCAGACCCGGAUUUUGCAUUUCGGCCGAGUCGGUGGCGGUAGCAGGCUCCAUUCCUGAGGAUCUAGGUCGAGAAACCGCCAAAAAGCUCAUUGAGGAGAUCAGUAGAGCGGGCGUGUUUGGCCGCAACCAGCUCGACAUGGCCAUCAUCUUCAUGAUUCUGGGAUCCGGAGAUGUCGGACGGCUGGUGAUUGGAAAACAGAACAUUGACGAACGGUUCGUCACCCUCGCCCGAGAUAUCAAGAAGUUUUGGGGCGUAGAAAUGCGUCUCAAGGAGGACGACGAGAACGAAAACGAGAUGAUCUGCACCGUUAAGGGAGUCGGCUUUGUCUCCGCCAGUAAGAAGAUUGCUUAA